CUGAUUACGGGCAUGUGCGGUGCCAUGCGGCUGAAGUCGGCAAAUGUUACUUCAGUUGCGAGGGCCCAUGCAUGUACUCUGUACAGUGUCCCAAGAGCUAAGUAUUCUUUGAUCAAGAAAUGGAAACAUACACGAGAGACAAGAUCGCCAUCAUUGGCAUGGGGUGCCGGACGGCAGGCGCAAAUUCUCCGCCUGAAGUUUGGGAUCUCCUUGUAAACUCGAGAGAUGUCCAGCGCAAUAUUUCACGCUUCAAUGUUUCUGCAUAUCAUAAUCCCAAUCGCAAAUUCAAGCGCGGCCUCACCAAUGUCAAACAAGCCUAUCUGAUGGACGACGAUCUGGUAACAAGCUUCGAUCAUGGGUUUUUUCACAUUUCACCAAAUGAGGCGCCUUGGAUGGAUCCGCAACAUCGCCAUUUACUCGAAGUUUCUUAUGAAGCUAUUGAAAGUGCAGGAAUUCCUCUCGAUACAUUCAAAGGCACAGAUACGGGUGUAUUCACAGGUGUCGAAAGCAGCGACUAUGCCCUAGUCUUGGGUAGGGAUCCUGACAACUCUCAACGCUUUGUAUCAACUGGCAUGGCAGGAUGCAUGGCAGCGAACAGGAUCAGCUUCUUCUUUAACCUGUCAGGUCCAAGCUUGGUUAUAAACACAGCUUGUUCGAGUUCCAUGACAGCCUUACAUCAGGCAGCAAGAGCCUUAGAGCACGGUGAUUGUAGCAUGGCACUUGUUUGCGGGUCCAACAUCUUGUUUAAUCCAGACAUGUUUGUUGUCGCCUCUGAGAUGGGAUUUAUAUCGCCAUCUGGGCGUUGCCAAUCCUUCGACAUGAAGGCCGACGGUUAUGGUCGUGGCGAGGGAGUAUUGGUUCUUUUACUGAAGCCUUUGAAAGCUGCAAUAGCGGAUUUGGACCCUAUCAGAGCCGUACUUGCGGGCAUUCGUAUCAAUCAUGAUGGCAGAACAGAGGGUAUCAUGAUGCCUUCUGCGAAAUCACAGGAGAACAAUAUGCGUGCUCUCUACGAGUCUAAAGGAAUUGAUCCAGAUACCAUUCAAUAUGUGGAAGCUCACGGAACAGGCACCGCUGUCGGCGAUGUCCAGGAGAUAUCCGCAAUUAAUGCCAUCUUCAACAUAUCCCCUCAUUCCCGACCAGCGAAGCUGAGAGUAGGGUCCGUAAAGAGUAAUAUCGGACACUUAGAAGCUGCAUCUGGUCUAGCAGGAGUCCUCAAAACUGCACUUUGCUUGGAACAUGGGCUCAUACCAGCCCAGAUGCAUUUUCAAGUGCCCAAUCCUGCAGCAAAUUUUGAUCAUAUUGUCAUUCCAACGUCGGCUGCGGACUGGCCAGCCUCCCGCGACGGAAUACGGAGAGCUGCCGUCAAUUGUUUCGGCGCUGGUGGUACGAACGGCCAUUGUGUACUGGAGGCUUUAACACUUCCAAGUCAUGUGACCAGGAAGCAGGCCAGACCCUACUUAUUCAUGAUAUCGGCGUCUAGCCAAGCAGCCUUGACGAUAACAUGUGCCAAAUACGCGGACUAUGUAACAGCUGAGAAGCCGCACUUUGGAGACUUGGCAUAUACAAUGCUUAGUCGACGGUCAAAGCUAUCUCACAUGAUUUACUUCAGCGCCAACAGCUCGACCGAAUUUGUAGACCGCAUUCUCAAGCUCGCAAAUUUACCGCCGAGUGCUGUGCCUAUCGGGUUGAAAAACAUCUGCUGCAUAUUUACGGGCCAAGGCGCACAAUGGCCUGAAAUGGGUGCGAAGCUGUUUGAGCACUCUGAAAUCUUUCGAAAUACAAUUCUCGAAUGUGAGCAGUACCUUCAUGCGCUUUCUAAUGCUCCACCAUGGAAACUCUCUGAAGAGCUUGGCAGAGAUCCAGUAAGAAGCAACAUCUCGCUCGUAAAUUACGCUCAACCACUCACAACAGCUCUGCAACUUGGUUUGAUCAACCUUUGGGCAUCUUGGGGUGUCCGCCCAAAGAUGGUUAUUGGUCACAGUUCCGGCGAGAUAGCGGCAGCGUACGCGGCUGGACACUUGUCGCUCCGAGAUGCUAUUGUGAUUUCUUACCUACGUGGAAUGGCGAUGUUGCAGCUACACAAAACACGGAAUAAAAACGUUCUCAAGGGUGCCAUGGGUGCAGUUGGUCUCUCGGAGGAACAGACAUCUCUGCUUCUUCGGGAUUAUAGGAACAGAGUGGAAGUGGCAGCAGUUAAUUCUCCAGCCAGCUGCACACUGUCUGGCGAUGAGGCUGCAAUCGAAGAAAUCGGGUAUCAUUGCACAAAGGCUGGUAUUUUCUUUCGAAAACUACGCGUAGACAUUGCGUACCAUUCACGCCAUGUCUUGGUAGUCGCUGAAUCAUACUACAAAGCUCUAGAGAGCGCCCAGAUUUGCCCACUCCAGGGAUCAAGCGACUGUAUGAUGUUCUCAUCCGUGACCGGAAGGCGAAUCGAUCCUGCAUUUUGUGACGCGAAAUACUGGACCGAUAAUAUGACCCGUACUGUGCGUUUCUUGGACGCAUUUCGCGGGUGCGUGCAGCAUUGCAGCAAGUUGGAAGUGUGCUUUGAAAUUGGCCCACAUCCAGCUUUACAAGGGCCCAUAUCUCAGAUUCUACAAGCAGACCAGAUGAAAUGUUCUUAUUUUGCAUCUUGUGUAAGGGGAAAGUGCGAUUUCACCAGUCAGCUGGACACGGCCGGCGCUUUGUUGGCCCUGGGGAUCCCUCUCGACACUAAAGCGAUCAAUGAUGCUAAAGAGGCCAAGGUUCUGACGAACUUGCCUCUACACGUGUGGAACCACUCUUCUCGGAUUUGGUUGGAAUCCAGGCUAAGUCACAAUGCACGAUUCAAACGAUUUCCUCGCCAUCCAUUGCUCGGCUCAAGAUACACCGAGGACACUGACAUGAAUCCCUCUUGGCGGUGCCGAUUGCACAUUGAUCAACUUCCAUGGGAACAUAAAGCGGGACACCCAGUUCCAGAAGCUGCCUUCGUGCUAAUGGCCCUUGAAGCGGCGAGACAAAUGCAAGAGCAGGAAGCACCACAAGCUCUCAAUAUCCGUCUAACCAACAUCACUUUUGGGGAAGCAUUGCUUGUUAGAUUAUUUCAGGGCAUGUCCGACUCUGAGUUACAUCUCACGAGCAGCAAACUUCAUGAAUCCAACCAGUAUCACUUCCUCAUUUCGUCCAUUUCCUCAGUAGGUUCGCAGCCUUGCAAAAGGCACUGCUCUGGGACGUUUAGCUGGAGCGAAACACCUUUUCCUCCGAAUGAUAGGUUUAAAGACUAUCAUCAGUUGGACUAUGACCCGUUUUUACUCGAAAAUGCAGCAGAACUUGGCUUGAUUUCACAAUCACGCCUAAAAGACACCUGCAUCGGGAAGGGAGUAGCGACUGCUCGACUUGAACCGGCAGACGACGAGGUUGACCCAUUGGCUUUGAGUGACUUGUUGAACUUGUCACUGGCUGCAGCCGUCGCUCAUGAUCCGAGUGUCUGUGCAAAGCUCCAUAGCAUCGGAAGUAUCGAGUAUACCGUCUAUCAGAAAGAUCGGGGCUCUAUUCCCGUAGCUGCCAUGGGUCGGAAGAUAGGGAAAACAGCCACUGCAGCAAUUGCGCUUGAAGGUUGCUUUGUUGCCCAAACUAUAUUGUUUGGGGUUGAGAGAAAUGAAAACUACAAGCUGCCAUUACGGUCCUUAUUCUACAGAGCAGAGAGACGACUCGAUAUCACAGACUUGCCAGCAGGAAGCCGCCUUACAUUGUCGGAUGUAAUUCUCCUAACAACCCAUAAAUGGCCCAUGUGUGACAUUGGUUUCUUGCACAUGGAUCGCCAAGACGAAACAGACGGAGUUGCAAUUCUCAAAUCUUUCGACCGUCCUCGUUUCAGAUCAUUGCAGAUUCUGGAUUCAACUAACGAAGAAACCGACUCGUCUAUACGAAGAAUGCCCAGUUUCACCGUUGGCAGUCAGCUACACCUAAUGAUUGCUGGAAGCCACCAAGCGAUCUUGAAACAUAUUCAUAGUGCCCAUGAAACUGGUAUAGCUUUUUUCAAGCGAAGAGACGCCUGUGAUGAACGGCAUUGGGAAAUUGUCAAACACCCACCUCGCGUGCAGCAACCUCUACGGCUAGAUGAUGUCUUUGUAUUUCAGUCUCCCGGGAUUGAGAGCUUCACAAAGGCGACAAUGGCGGGAUUAGUUCCGCUGAGCCAUGACGGCGUUCGAAACUUUUAUGAGACUUGCAAACGCCCGUAUCAUGCUAUCAUCCUUGACGACACACGACAACCAGUCACUGUGGCAUGGCCAGGAAAGAUACUUCUGCCCUGGUUCCAACACAUGCUCAAGUUCUCUCAGAGUGUGACAUGGAUAACUCAAAUGCCAGAAUGCAUUCCGUCAGUCAGCUCAAGCACAGCAUUACUGAGGACACUGCAAGCUGAACAGCCGUCACUCAGAGUACGUCAUCUUGUGUACGAGGCGAACAGCCGUAGUGAUAUCGACGAACUUAUCCAAGCAGCUUUGAGAGAUUCUGAUGAUGCAUUUCUGGAGCUUCAGCAAGACGUUGAGAACGGCCAAAGGCAAAUCCUUCGAUGGCUUCCGGACGACCACCUCUCUGUUCGAGUUGGUCUCCUUCCGGACCCUAAGAAAGAGAACAAUGCGGUACAAGAAUCCGUGCAAUUAUCAGCCGAUGGUACGAUCGUGGCCGUUGGAGGCCUCGGCGGUGUUGGUCGUUUUGUCUGUUUGUGGUUGGUCAGCCAUGGUGCUAAACACAUCACUGUUAUCUGCAGAUCGGGACCUCAUUCUCGUCAGGCAAUGAGCUUGAUGAAACUUAUCAACGGUUUGGGAGGCUCUCUGUUUGUCUGGAAAUGCGAUGCUCGCGAUAAGAAAGCGCUUUCCAAAGUUUUAGAUGCUGUUCGAAAAGAUCACAAGAUCACGGGAGUUGUCAACAUGGCAAUGGUGCUUUCAGACGCUCCUUUGGCUUCAAUGGUCGCCGCAGAUUGGGAUGACCCUCUCCGAUUGAAGGUGGAUUCAAGUUGGAACUUGCAUGAGCUCACACAGGUGGAUACACUUGAUAUCUUCAUUUUGUUUUCAUCAGUUGCAAGUGUUCUUGGCAAUCGCAGUCAAGCUGGAUACAAUGUUGGAAACGCAUUUCUCAACUCCCUUGCUGAAUUCCGCCGAGCUCAAAGACUGCCGGCUGUUGCGAUUGCACUGGGUGCGAUGACCGACAUGGGCGUGCUAUAUGAACUCGACCGGAAAGACAUGCUCAAUAUACUGGCUAUGGGAGGACUCGUCACGCUACAGGAGCACCAUCUGGCCAAGAUACUGCACGCAGCUGUCGCUGAAUGUGCAGAUCCAGAAUCAAAAAGAGCCGUAAUGCUUACAGGUCUUGCCAUGUUCAAUCGCGUAGAUGGCAGACUUAUAGUAAAUGGGGGGCAAUCGCUGCUCUAUUGGGCUGAGCAGCCGGAUUUUGGUCACUUGCAAAAUCACAAACGGACCUGGAGAGAUUAUAAGCAAGAGCAAGACCAGGCCUUACUAACCCAAAUAAAGUCGCUGUCAGAACUUGAAUGCCGCAAAGUGAUAGAGCGCUCAUUCUUUCAAUUCCUCGCAUCUCUUCUCGGAUUUGAUAUCUUGCACUUCAGUGUCAAGCAGAACUUGCUCGAGUACGGGAUCGAUUCGUUGACCGGAGUAGCAUGUCAGUACUGGUUUUACAGAGAAUUGGCAGUGCGAAUCACUGUUCAACAGAUGCUUGCAUCUAAGACUAUAAAUGACCUCCUCACAGAUGUGGUGUUGGGACUUUCAACCGCUUCCUUAACUCGUCUUCCUAGCUCUCCGACACCAGCGUGAUGGAUCGCAUUCAUCAGCCGGUGCAAUUUGGUUAGAUAGCAAACGAGCUCGAUAUAAUGGCGAAUAUGGAAGCACACUCAAGCGUUGCUAGGAUCAUUCGUGAGCGAGGAAAGAUGAGUUCCAUGUUUUCCGAUAAAGACAAGUA